AUGGAUGAAAUGCUAGAUCGGUUGGAUGUAGUUUCAUCAAUGAAAUGUAGUGAACAUGUAUGUCAAGAUGUUACUAAAUCCCCUCGCAAAGUAAGCUUUAGAGGUAGUUUGAAUGAUAUCGAAGAGUAUUACAAUAUUGUAGUGAAAGAUAAUCCGGAAGCAAAACGAUAUUGUGACAAUUGUGCAUUUUCUUCUGUUUUUGAGUUUGAUUUCGCCAAUGGGGAUAGAGCCUUAGUUGAAUCCAUAGUUGAGAGUUGGUGGUCAAAAAUAAAGAGUUUUCACUUUCGGGAGUUUGAAAUUGGCCUCAUUCCUUUAGAUUGGUACAUGUUAACUGGAAUUCCCACUGGUGACCCUAGUAAACAGCCAGUACUUAUUCCGUCGUUGGCUUGCCAUGAACAGGAAAGAAGAGCACUCCUUGAUUUCAAAUUCUCAUUGGAGGAUCCUGCGAAUCGUUUAUCUUCAUGGCUAGAUGACAACAAAUAUCGAAACUGUUGCGAUUGGCAAGGAGUGGGAUGUUCCGGUGAUUCAUCUCAUGUUAUCUCCAUAAACCUCCGUAACACAGACCUUGAAACCUUCUACAAUCAGUAUCUCAUUGAUUUAAAUCUGUACGAUGUGCCACCACAGCCAAAUACUGCAUUACAAGGUAAAUUCUCUUCCUCCUUUGUCAACCUUAGUCAUCUCGAGUAUGUUGAUCUUGCCUUCAACAAUUUUGAGGAAUCGAAAAUCCCCUUUCUAUUUUAUGCUCUCACGAAACUCGUGCAUCUUGAUCUCUCCCACUCAAACUUCUCUUCUCCAGUUUCGACACCAUUAAGCAACUUAUCGUCCUUACGAUACCUCGACUUAUCUUGUGGUUCAGAUGAAAGAUACUUUGUAGAUACUGGUUCUUGCUUAGAAUUGUCAUCUAUAAAAUGGUUAAGAGGGUCAGUAAAUCUAAACGUCUUAAUAUUGAGAGGCAUUGAUUUACAUGAGGCGGCGUCUUCCGAAAAGAAUUUUGCUGAAUCAAUUUCCUAUCUUUCUAAUCUUAGGAUUCUUGAUCUCAGUGAUUGUAAUCUACCAAGCACAGAUUUUCCCACCCAUGAGUUUUACAAUCUUUCUCGUCUAUAUUCUCUCACGUUGAGUGACAAUUCUGAUCUAUAUUUCCACAUACCAGUACAGCUAGUCAAUUUAACUUCACUUUCUAUUCUUGACUUAUCUGCUUGUGGACUACAAGGUUCAGUUCCUUAUCUUCCUCAACUUACAAAAUUUGAUGUGAGUUUGAAUCCUAAUUUUCGUCCUGAUCUAACUAGAAUGUUUCAACAAAAAUGGCCUAAACUUCAAAGACUUUCCAUAUCAGUUACUAAUGCAAGUGGAUCAAUCCCGGACUCAAUUUCCAAUGCGCCAUUAUUGCUCGAUUUUGAGGCUUUUUAUUGUCGGUUUGAAGGGUCAUUACCUUCUUCAUUCUAUAAUCUUUCCCAAUUGCGAUCUCUCGACCUCUCUUUCAACUCAAUAACAGGUUAUAUCCAUUCCUCAAUAUCCAAUCUAAAAUCCUUAAGGACGCUCGACUUGUCUGAAAAUAAUCUCCAAGGUUCCAUUCCAGAAUCAAUAUCCAAUCUAAAAUUCUUAAGGACGCUCGACUUGUCUUACAAUGAUUUCAACGGUUCCAUACCCAAAUCAAUGUAUUCUCUUCGAUUCCUUUAUUUAAGUAAUAAUACGAUAACAGGAUUCAUACCAAAAUCAAUCUGUAAAAUGAGUAGUCUAAUGUCUUUGGACUUGUCUCAUAAUCACCUAACUGGAAUUAUUCCAACUUGUUUCUCCAAACUCAAAUUCAGAAAAUUUGAUCUGUCAGACAACAAACUUCAUGGUCGACUGCCUCUUCCACCGCAAUCUCUUUAUACCGAUUUAUUUUCAUCCUUUGAUGUAUCAUAUAAUAAAAUCACUGGUGAAAUCUCAACAGAUUGUGGAAAACGACUUUCUAGUUUUGUUUCCAUCAAUCUAGCUGGCAAUGAACUUUCAAGUUCGAUUCCAUUUUCCAUAUUUUCAAGAGAUUCAGAGUCUUUUACAGAAUAUAUAAACCUUUCAGACAACAAACUUUUCGGGGUUAUACCUACUAGUAUAGGGUACUCGCGGAAUCUUAGAUCUCUAAACCUCGGCAACAAUAACCUCACGGGAAAUGUUCCAAAUGAGCUUCAACAACUAAAAUCAUUGUCAUAUCUUCAACUAAAUGACAACAUUCUGGAUGGUAAUCCUCUUAGCUUCAUCAGUAAACUUCCAGAGUUGCGAGUUCUCAACUUAGCGAAUAACCACUUCGAAGGCAGUAUACCCAGUGCAUUUGGUUCGGCUAUCGGAUUGAUGAUUCUUUCCUUAAGGUCAAAUAAGUUCAAUGGGUCAAUCCCUCAAGAGUUCGGUCAUUUGGUAAGACUCCAAAUAUUAGACUUAUCGGGGAAUAAUCUAAACGGGUUAAUUCCUAGGAAAAUAGGAAACUUAAUGAUGCUAAGAAGUAGACCUAACGAUGCAUCUUUGCUACCUGGUACAGCUGUGGUAGACGGUUCAAUAAUUGAUGUGCAAUUGCAGAUGGUGAUCAAAGGGAUCAUGAUACAGUUUAAGAAAUUGUAUGCAUAUAGUUCUGGGAUUGAUCUAUCUUGUAACAAUCUUGAAGGCAAUAUCCCAGAAGAGAUUGGUCUACUGAAAGGGCUUUCCACACUUAAUUUAUCACACAAUCGCUUUUCCAGCGUUAUACCACAAAGUAUUGGAAGCAUGAAUGGUUUAGAAUCCUUGGAUUUGAGUUUCAACAAAUUAACUGGACUUAUCCCAUACUCUUUACCAUCAAUGAAUUCUCUUGAGAGACUGAACCUAUCUUACAAUAACUUGAGUGGUACGAUCCCAAGAGGACCACACUUUGAUACAUUGAGUGGAGAUGGUUCAGCAUAUCUCAACAACAGUUUGUUGUGUGGCUUCUACACAAAUAAUACUUGCGAGGCUGAUCAGAGAACUGACACUACUGAUGGGAAUUCUCCAAAUGAAGGUCAUGAAGAUGAUAAAGAGGAUGCAAAAGAUAAGUUGUUGCUGUAUGCUAUAGUUUCCUUGGGGUUUGCAGUUGGAUUUUGGGGUCUAUUCUUUGUUUUGCUUCUCAAGAAACAGAAAUGGUGGUUCCCGUAUUGGAGAUUAGUAGAUGUGGUUGCAGUGGGAGUCGCUAAUUGUAUGUGGAAAAAUUAA